AUGGGUGAAAGCUUAGUGGAGCAGCGUCAAGCUGAUGAUAAAGCAUCGUGGGAUGCUUACUGGAAAGUUCGGGAUGUUGAUUCACGUGGAUCCAUCUACCCACGGUUCCGAUACUAUGCGCAUAAAGCGUUUGACGCUCCAGCCACUUGGUUUAGAGAGAAGGUCGUUCAACCAUUGAACAACAGGAACCGUCUUCCUUACUACCAUCGACAACUCAACCGCGUACCAGAAAUCGACGAAUGCGGAGUUAAUGACAAAGCAUGUUUCUAUGAAGCCAACGAACAAUAUCGUCUCGAUAAAAUGGUCGAUGGAUUCAUUUUACAAACGCUUCGCCAACGUGUUGAUCGGUGUAUGCUCUACAACAAUCCGGAUCAUUCUCCAUGCGCCAAGGUGAUUGAAGAUAUGGAAGAGAACGAAUUGAACUUCUUCAUCAAAUACGGAGAAAUGGGAGGAGAAGCUGAUGUUCGUGAUGCAUACAUGAAACAGAAACAUCGUAUGAUUUGGGAGCGUCGUCAUCCAGAAAUUAUGGAAGAACGUUCCGCGAAACUUGCCGAUCACAAAGAAAGACUUGCGAACGGAGAGUUCGACUACUCUUUCUGGAAGAAGGGAAUGUUCUACCAGGACAAAAAGAACUAUGAACCACCAUAUGAGUUCUACAUGUCCAAGUCACCACUCGAGGGAGACAAGCCGUUGUCUAAGGAUUGGCAAUACUAUAAGAAUGUUUCCCUAGAUCCAGAGUUCGACAAGGAACAAGGAAAGAAAUCAGACUUCCGUCUUUUCUAA